AUGGCGGCCCCAAGCCAAUCGAAGAUGUCCAGCAUCGCGCCGGUGGACGGCGCGCCGGUCGAGCAGGACGCCAUGGGAGCUGAAGCUGUUCAGCCGCUUUCGGAUGACUGUUUCCUGUACAAAAAGCCGCCCAAGCCGCCGCGUGCUCGCCCGGCCGAGGUGCCAAAGAAAGGCGCGAAGCCGCUGCGUCCGAAGCCCGUCCAUCAAACUCCUCAUCCGCUUGAGACGUCGGAUGGCGGCAACGAUUGCACGAUCCGCUGGGACCAUCAAGCCAAAGAGCCGUUUGCCGCAAUCAAAGCCGGCACCGUCGUCCAGGUCCUCGAGUUCCUCAAGAGCUUCGGCACCCCGAUGGGCCAAUGCGAGAACGUUUGCAAGGUGAGGGUGACGAGCACGGGGAAGAAGAAGGAGGCAGCGGCCAACAAAGAAGGCUACGUCAAGGCCCACUAUAUCUGCCUCCCGACCGCAGCCAACUGCAAUACCGAUGCGUUGCGCUCAUUGAAGAGCUACCACGACGAAUUCGCCGAUCUGUAUGAGGGCCGCUGGUUCCUUGGCGUCUGCUCUCCGAUCACGGCAGCCCAGCGCCUGCUCGCCGACCCCGCUGUUCCUUAUGGUCACUACGUCGUCUGCCAGCCCUCGGAGCGUCUCGAACAGUCGCCGAGGCCGUUCCAGUGGCCCGGCUACACUGUGGUUGUCAAGAUCAUCACCGGGUCGAUGUCGCAGUAUCUGCACGAGUGGCACCGUGACCAUGAGCAGUUCUUCCGCUACGAGGGUGCGGGCUUUCCGGUGCGCGCGCCGCCGCUCGACCGCUUGCCCACCCAAUAUUACCCGGAACCGGCACCCACCGUCGCCUACCUCAGGCUCAUGGCCAACGAGGACGGCACCUACUACUAUGAGCAGCACAAGGAUAAGACAUUCGCCGACCUCUUUGCGGCGCUCAUGAAAUAUCGCAACGAGCCGCUGCCGAUCAACACCGUCGUGCCAGUCUACCUCCUCAACCCUGCGCGUGUUGGGCCCAACAUUCCGUUGCCGAAACCUGCGAUCUACCCGCACAAGUGCACCAAGGCGAAAGUCUUCCGGCCCUGGGUCUACGACCGUUUCAUCCAGGUCGGCCCGGCCACCCUCAAGGGCAUGGCGGCUCGAAUCAGCCGGCUGAAGCUCGGCAGCGCCGACGACCUCGGCGAGAGCGGGCCCCUGUACCGCGGCUUCUUCCGCAUCGACCGCCGCUACAAGCUCGUGACGAUUCGCCGCCCUGCUGAGCGCCGCUUUGAUGCCGCCUCCUUCCAGUCCGACCUGGCGCUGUUGAAGCAAAAGCAGAACCCUGCCGGCAACGACAUUCGCGGUUACGACUAUCUGCUGCACCCGGUCGCCUACAACGUGAAGGGCGGCGAUGCGCUGGACCGUUGGAUCGCCUUCGAAUAUGACACCGGCCUGCCGCUUGAUCAACUGCUCAAAGUGCACAAAUUCGACUCGGACGUCCAGUGCAGCCGCACGAAAUACGAGGUGAUGUACCAGGUGGCGUGCGGGAUGUGGUUCCUCGAAAACAAUGGCCUCUGCCAUCGCCAUCUGAAGGCGUCGAACGUGAUCGUCGUCUCCGAACUGCCGCACAUCUACCGCUGCAAGAUCUCGGACUACAUGCUACCCCAUCACUACAGCAACGUCAAUUCGCCAUUGCUCGCCGGGCUUGACAAGGACAAGAAGGUGUCGCGGAUGGGCGAACUGGACUGGCCCUGGUGGGCCCCUGAAAUCUUCAGCGAUUUCACCUUCGACAUUCGCAGCGAUGUCUGGUCCUUUGGCUGCACCAUGUUUGAGAUCUACAGCGAUGGGCUGCUCCCUUGGAAUUAUGACAUCGUGGAGGGAAAGCAGCCGUUGCAUGACAAAGAAGCGCUGCGUGCCUAUCUCGCGCGUCCCACGGCGACGUCAAUGACCCUAGUGGGCAAAUCCCAUAAGGAAACCUUCGUCUGUGCCAUCAUCCGGAAGUGCAUGAAGAAGAACCCUGAGGACCGCCCGAAAUUUGCCCAGAUCUACGAGAUGUUCGACCAGCUGUUGUUCAACUUCUCCAAAGACCCCGCCAGCGUCGUCCUCCAAUUCCUCGGGGUUGAUAAUGAGGUGGGCGCGCAGCUCAAAGAUGCGUUGCGGAAGGAAGAGGAGUCGAACAAAAAGUCGCGGGCCAAA